AAACUGUACAGAUCCAAAAGAGAAUCAGAAACGUCGACAUCAAAGACGUGUAUGUUUUCAUUUUGCGUAUGAUUGGCUAUUUUUCCGCCCGGCUGAACCCAGAACCCAGUGUUUGUUUUGUGUAAAAUAUUUAAUUUUACCCGAGAGGAGAAUGUUGAAAGCAGUUAUUCUAAUUGGAGGUCCUGAGAAAGGGACCCGUUUCCGGCCCCUCUCGCUGGACAUCCCAAAGCCGCUGUUUCCGGUGGCUGGAAGGCCAAUCAUUCAGCAUCACGUGGAGGCCUGUGUUCGCAUAAAGGAACUAAAGGAAAUUCUUAUCCUGGGUUUCUAUCCGACAUCCCAAAUGCAACAAUUUGUGAGCAAUAUGCAGAAUCUGUACGAUGUCAACAUUCGGUAUCUGCAGGAAUUUACCUCGCUCGGGACGGCCGGUGGUAUGUAUCACUUCCGGGAUCAAAUACGCUCGGGUAAUCCGAGUGCAUUCUUUGUGCUGAAUGGUGACGUUUGUGCUGAUUUUCCACUGCAACAGUUGUACGAUUUUCAUGUCAGCAAGGGCGAGAAAGCAUUGGUUUCUAUCAUGGGAACCGAGGCAACUCGCCAGCAAGCCGUUCACUACGGUUGUCUUGCUCUUGGAAAGAAUGAAGAAGUUACUCACUAUGUAGAGAAGCCACGUUCCUAUGUUUCUACUCUGAUCAAUUGUGGCGUGUACGUGUGCUCAAUGGAGCUGUUUUCGCGAAUGGGAGCCGUGUUCCACUCAAAACAACUGGAUUAUAACACUUUGAACAACGGAUACGGGAAAGAUCCUGGCCACAUUCAGCUCGAGCAGGAGAUUUUGACUCCACUAGCGGCAACGGGAAUGAUGUUCGCUCUACCGGUGAACAAUUGGUGGUCGCAGGUUAAAACCGCUGGAUCGGCUAUUUAUGCCAACAGGCACUAUUUGGCCCUGUACAAAAAUACACACCCCGAACGCUUAUCAAAUGCUGGCACAAAAUCUUCGGAGCACAGUAACGGAAGCUUGAUUUGUAACAUUAUACCGGAUGUGCACAUUCAUCCGACGGCUUCGGUCCACCCAACGGCGACGCUUGGACCGAACGUUUCAAUUGGACCCGGUGUUGUUAUUGGACCAGGCGUACGGAUUCGCGAAUCAAUAAUCCUCGAGAACGCGGUUAUCAAGGAUCACACCCUGGUUCUUCACAGCAUUGUGGGCAGAGGUUCCCAGAUUGGGAUGUGGGCCCGCGUUGAAGGCACCCCCAGCGAUCCGGAUCCCAACAAACCGUUCGCCAAAAUGGAGAAUCCUCCGCUGUUCAACAGCGACGGCCGGCUGAACCCAUCGAUAACGAUUCUCGGCUAUUCGGUUAGCGUCCCGUCGGAGAUGAUCCUGCUGAACUCGAUUGUACUGCCGCACAAAGAGCUGAGCCGAAGCUUCAAGAAUGAAAUUAUUUUAUAAUGGCGGCGCGGAGAGUUGGCGUUACCGUUUAUUAAUGGAUGUUUUAGGCUUAAGAUAUUUUUUGAAGAAUAGAUGUGAACGGGGAUGUACGAGUUCGCUUCGCUUGCCGGCAUAGUUGCUUGGUGAACAGGAAUGAUUUCAACAAAUAAAUUUAUUGAAUUUGUUAA